UUUUGCAUGCACUUCGGGAACCUUGACUUGCUUAGCCCUACCUUGUCCCAAGGGAGUAGCAGCGGCGUGUCUGGUUUGAAAGAACUCAAUUGGGCAGCGAAACAGAACAGAGAGAAAUGUGUAACUGUGUUUAGCUGAAGAGAAGCUGAGAAGUCAGGAAGAAGUACGGCAUAUUAGUUUUGCGAUGUGAAAAGAGAGGACGGAACGCGCAGACGACGGGAGGAGCAGGCGCAGUAGGCGUGUUUGAAUUUGAAACCGUCCGUAUAUCGUGCUUUUUUUUUUUUUUACGUCUGAUUGCACCUGGUAAGCAGGACUGCCGGAUUCGUCGUCGGUUCUCCUCAGACCAUUGAUCUUCAGUUGAAGAUAAAACUCUGACACUUCCAUCAAAAACACGCUGUUCUGAUGGUGCAAUAGUUUCUCAAGGCAACUUGGACUUUUCCAGGUGUAAGAAUGGAGCAGAAAGAAAACUUGAUUGACAAAGACAUUGAACUGAUAGUGGUACUUCCUGGGGGCAAGGAGAAGAUCACUACUGUUCAUGGCAGCAAGCCAGUGAUGGAUGUAUUAAUUUUCCUGUGUGGGAUGUAUCAUCUGAAUCCAUCUAGCCAUACCAUAGAAUUAAUAUCCACUAACAGAAACCAAAUUAAAUUUAAGCCAAAUUCCCUAAUAGGCACACUGGAGGCAGAAAAAAUUUUAUUAAAGCCAAAAGCAACUGAAGAAAAGAACAAAAAAGCUCUACCAGUAGUGCCUGAGGUAACUGUUCGCUUAGUAAUAAACUAUAAAAAGACACAGAAAACAGUUUUAAGAGUUAGUCCCGAGGUUGCUUUGCAAAGCCUGAUUCCUGCAAUCAGUGAAAAAUGUGAAUUUGAUUCAAAAAACACAGUACUGCUGAAAAAUUUUCAGUCAAAGGAAGUGUUGGAUUUAACAAAGUCCCUCAAUGAUUUAGGACUAAGGGAGCUCUAUGCGCUGGAUAGUAGAGGUAUUUCUACAGAUGUGCAAAUUGUUCAAGAUGCAGUCCAAACAAGUCAAGACAGUAUUUUAAAGGAGAAAGAAAAAGGAUUCUUCAGCAUGUUUAGAAGGAGUAAGAAAAGACAGGACCAGGUUGCAAGUGCUCCCGCAUCACCAGCGAUUCAACAGAGGCCUGGCAGCAUGAACUCUUUAAGUGCCAAUGUUUCUACUUUUUGCUCAAACACACUCCCUUCUGAAAGGCCAAAGAAAAGACAGGCUCCACUUCCUCCAAUGGCAGCAUCACAGAGUAUGCCUAAGGACCUGAGCAGCAUGCAGGCCGAACCUGAAAGUAAGCAGGAACUUCCACAAUUAAGUAGAGCAGCUUCAUCAGAGUCUUCUUUAAAACGAACAAAAAGAAAAGCUCCUCUACCACCCUCUUGUAAAUCGGCUCAGGAUCUUCCUUUGGAAAAUGGUGGCAAUGACACUGGAACACAAUUUAAAUUAAGUCCUUCCGAGAGAAAUGAACACACCAAUGCUUUAGACUGCCAUGAUGAAAGUACCACUGUAAACAUACCAUCAGAGGCACCAUGUCUCUGCACCUCUGCGGAGUCCAAGUCCACCUCUGGGAAAGCUGCUCUGCCUCAAAAUGCUGACGUUCAAAGCUUACCAGCUGUGUCUCAAAGUUUUGAAAAGGAGAAUGUUGAUGGCAUGACCACAGAUAACAAAAAUGUGGCCAAUGGGGAGGUAAAUAAGCAAGUGAUGGAAACUUUUGGACAUUCUAAUGCUGUUACAUUUCAGCCCAAAGGAAAUGACAACUUGAAAGGUGAUAGAAAAGUUAUGUAUAAAAAUGAAGAAACCUGCACAGAAAAUGAAGAAAUUAUUUUUGCAACUGAAUUAGAAAAUAAAAGCGUAAACAAAUAUGUUAAAACUUCUGUAGCUUUACAGAGCAAACCAGAUGAACAGGUAACUCUGGACCAAGAUGCAAAGCCUACUGUUUUCAAAAAGAAAAUGCAAGAUGCAGCCAUUCAGGCAUCUGUUGACAUUAGUGUUGAAGAGGUAAAUAAAUAUGUUGAAUUGAAUGGAUGCAGCACUGCUUCACCUCUACUGGAACAGAGUGUAAUGAAGCACCAUUUAAUAAAUUCUUCAGAAAACGAGCAACGUUUGCCCUGUAGCAAUGUGAGCCCCUGUAAACAGGAAGGACCGGUUAGGGAAAUUGCAACUUCUACCGAGAAAAUGGUCAUCGAAUGUGUUUUAGCUCAGUCUUCUGAGAAUGAUGAAUUCCAAAAUAUAGCAACAAGUCCCCCUGUAUAUAAAAGGGACUUGGAAUCCAAACCGAAGCCUUCUAAUGAGGUUACUCGUGAUUAUAUUCCAAAGAUUGGAAUGACAACUUACAAAAUUGUUCCUCAGAAAUCUUUGGAGAAACUACGAUUCUUUGAAGUCGAGCUUACACUGGAAUCUCCAAGCAAAACCCCAGAGGAAGAAGAGACAUCCACUGUGCCUGUUCAGGCUAUGAGAUAUGAGAGUGACCCUCAAAAAUAUUUAGAAACGCCACUUGGUCCCACUGUAAAUGUUUCACAAAUAAUGAAACAUAGUGAGGUCUCUGAGACUACUGAAAAUGUUGUUUAUGCAACUACCCAGCCAGCACAAGUAUGUAGCACAGAAAAAGAGGAGGCUGGUUUUGAUAGCCAGCUUUCUUCUCCAUCUGAACUUGAUGACCACCCUUCUUCACCUUUAGAUAUAAAUCAGAAGAAGGUGCCACCUGCUGUUAAACCAAAGCCUGGUUCUUUUCGUUUAUCAUUGCAAAAAAAACCUCCUGGAUACUAUGUGACCUCUGCAGCUUCUAAAUCCCUGAAUAACUGUACAGUUUCUGCUGCUAAUGAGAAGGAUGCUGGGGAUGAAAAGACAGAUGAAAUAAUUGCUGAAACUGAGUGUGGUUCACCUCCACUGCCUACCUUGUUGCCUGCUGUUCCUGAAGUAUCUACUAUUUACCAGAGUCCGCCAGAUUUAAAUAGGAGUGAUCAACCAGUUUCUAAAUGUUCAAGGCCUCUGAGUUAUCCAUAUAAAGAUGCUUCUGUACCAAGUUUCCAAAAACUUCGAAGCUUCACAGUCUCAAAAGCAUCCACUCGUACGUCUCCAUCUCCUUUUGCUCUUGCUGUAUCUUCAGCUGUAAAACGUUCACAAUCUUUAAACAAAGGGUCUAAUUUUAAUUCUCAGUCUUUCCAAAAACUUUCAAAUGCAUCGCUUGCACAAAGCAGUACGACAAAAGAACUGAAAGAACAUUCCAAGGAUUUUAACCAAUCUAUUUCAAGUACGAGGACUUUUGAGCAGGUUCCAUUUUCUUCUGACAUUAUUGCUGCUAAUGGCGACUCAGCUGCAAGUUCAUCACAGACAUAGUGGUCGUUGUUAAAGCCAAAUGCAACAUUGUGAACGUGACACGUUUCACUGCCAAAUCAAUAGGUACUUCUUGUUCUCAAGACAGAAGAGAAUUUGUAAUACUGGAAGCAAUAUUAAAGGCUCUGAAAUACUGUAAAUGAUGAUUGUGUUUUGAGGAAUCCUUGUUACAAAGUAAAACUUUAGAACAUAAAUCUAUUUGUAUUGCUUUACCAACUAAAAGUAUUCAUAUUUUGAAGAAAAAAAUAUUUAUAUAUUUUCCAGUUUUUGUUUCAAGAUGUGCAUUAUUGGGUUCAAAUGGUUAAUUUGAUGGAAAUACCACUUUUCAAUGUUGCUAUGUGUGUUUUAAACACAUUGCACAUUGCUAUUUUAAAGGGGUUUUAGUUAAAAUUAACCAGUUUUUUUAUGUUCAUGGGGACAUUUGACCAUAUUCUUUAAUAAAGAUGCAUAGAAUAAGUAAGUUAAGAAUAUAUUGUAUUAUUUAAUUUGAAAAGUACAGUUCUAAAAUAUUGUAUAGCUAUUAGUUGAAUAUUUGUCCUUUAAACAGAUAAUGUGUUUUUCUUUUGUCACAUGUUUUCGUAGUGCACCCUAUGUGUUAAUUGGAGUGUUCGUACACAUGAUGUACUCUGUCUUUUUUUGUUUUCAUAAUUUGUAACUACUUAAUCAUCAUUUUAAAACUUAAAUUAUGAUAGAUUCUAUUGGGGAAAAAUAAAUAUCAUUAUAAAACCUAUA